AAAACAUAUGUUUUUAUUCGUGUGAGGAACACGUUUUGCGUUUGCAUUAUUUUGAAGUAAAAAACAAUGAGCGAGGACGGCAAAAAGUCGCAACUGGACGACAUACAGCUGCAGCUGAUCGAGCGGAUUUCCAAGAAUGACACCAAUGGCUUCAAGCAGCUCCUGGGUCAGCUCAAAGGAGGCGUCAACUUUGUGGACGACAGUGGCAUGUCGAUAUUGGCGCAUGCGAGCUUCAAGGGCAAUAAGGAGGCGGUGCAGCUGCUGUUGGACAUGGGAGCAGACAUCAAUCUGAAUCAGCAUGGCGCGGAUUAUACACCUUUGCAUUUUGCCGCCCUUUCGGGCAACACGAACGUUUGCCGCCAGCUGCUAGACGCGGGUAUCAAUGCGAAUAGCAUCAACAGCGUAAAUCGUACUGCAUCCCAGAUGGCCGCCUUCGUAGGCAACCACGCCUGUGUUGAGACCAUCAAUAACUACGUUUCGCUGGCAAGUCUGGAGUAUUAUACACAGCUGCAUGGGCAGCAGCAGGAGCCACAAAUCCCGCCUGCCCUUUUAAAAUCUUUUCACACCUUUGUCACGGAAAUCAAUCUGCAUCCCGUUCGCAUCACGCUCAAUGCCCAAUCACUGGGGUUACUUAAGCUGCUGGCCAAUCUGCGCAAGGCUUUGACGCUGAUGUGCGAGAAGGAGAUGCAAAAAACACACGAUAUCAAUGAGCUGAUGGCAUUCAAGUAUCACUAUCUGGGCUGGAUUGUGGGAGAGCUGUUGCGUUGCGAGGAGCAAUUCAAGGCGCAGCACAAGGACAAACCAGCGGAAGGCGAUGCCGCUAACAAAGGCGGCGAUUUUGUCGAGGUGUUUGUAAAGCGUGUGCUUAAGGAGAACAAGCUAGGGCAGCUGGACUAUGUGGAGUUUACGGUACGCGAAUGUGCGCGGGAGUUUCCUUACCGAGAGUGCACUGUAUUCCGGCAGAUAGCCACCCAACUGGGUGGCAAAGAUGCAGCUCCUGCUUUGGUAAUCCUGCGCAAUGCCAUCAACGGCUUGAGAGGUUUUGUGGACGAGACGAGCUACUGCAGUACAUGCGGACAGGAGAAACCCGACAAGAAGUGCUCCAAGUGUAAAGCGGUGCAGUACUGCGAUCGAGAGUGCCAGCGUCUCCAUUGGUUCAUGCACAAGAAGAGUUGUCCACGUCUGUUGGCCGCCGUUCUGGCCGGAAAAAAGGAUCAGCCCAAGGCGCCCAUUGAUGCCUCUGAGCUGCGUGAGGAGCUGGCCAAAUUGUCCGCAUAACUGCAUUUUAAGUCAUCUAAAAUAAACUCGAGAAAUGUAUGAAAACAUUUAAAUAUCCAAAUAA